GUUUCAGUCACAUUCCAGCAGCGGCAGUACACAGUGUGGUCAGUGAAUAUUUUUAAUUUGUUUACAACAAGAAGCAGAGUACAAUGAACGGAAAUAGUGACGAAGUACCGAUAACAAAUAUUCCGUCAGGAGAGCGAAUACAAAAGCUAAGUGAACAUUAUUAUAAUGAAUUUGGAAGUGAACCUGAUUUCUACGCAAGAGUGCCGGGUCGGGUUAACUUGAUUGGCGAACAUAUUGAUUAUUGCGGUUAUCCAGUUUUGCCUAUGGCUUUAGAACAAGAUAUAAUUGUUGCAGCGGGUUUUAUUAAAGAACACAAACUUUAUGUUCGUAAUAAGAACUGUAAAUAUGAUAAGAUCGAUAUUGAAAUAAAACCGUAUAGUGAAAUUAUUAUAAAAGCAGACUCGAACGGUAAACCCUUUUGGUACAAUUAUGUACUAUGCGGUGUAAAAGGAGCAUUGGAACAUUUAAAUAAUAAGGUAAUCAACGGUCUUAGACUUUGUAUAGAUGGAAAUAUUCCCCCUGCUUCAGGUUUAUCGAGUUCUUCGGCUCUAGUCAGUGCUGUUUGUUUAGCAUUUUUAUAUGCUCAGAAAGAAAAUUUAAAUAAAAAAGAAAUUGCUUCACUUUGUGCCAAUUGUGAAAGAUAUAUCGGAACUCAGGGAGGGGGUAUGGAUCAGGCUAUAGCAUUCUUAGCAGAAAAGUAUUGCGCACAAUAUAUAUCGUGGAACCCCUUAAAGGCUACAAAAGUUGUUUUACCUGAAGAUGCUACUUUCGUUGUAGCUCAUAGUUUAGCCGAAGUCAACAAAGCAGCUACGAAUGACUAUAAUGAAAGAGUUAUUGAAUGUCGACUGGCCGCUAAAAUUUUAUCGUUGGAUUCGCAACGCCCAAAAACUAAUCACACUAUAAUUACCUUGAGUCAAGUACAGAAACUUUUAAAUAAAAGCUUAGAAGAUAUGGUAAAUCUUGUCCAAUGUAGUCUGCCGAAAGAUAUUUAUCUAAAAUAUGAAGUAUGUAAAAUGUUAGAAAUUACUGAAGACGAGAUGGAGGAAUUUUAUCUAACUCCAAAUACGAGACAUUUGAACGAAUUUAAAUUAAAACAAAGAGCUUUACAUGUAUAUGGUGAAGCUAUGAGAGUAGAAGAAUUUCGUAAGAUUUGUGCGCAAUCUAUGAACGGAAAAACGAAUGGAUCUGCUAAUGGCGUAACUUUUGAAUUGAAGGGUAGUAAAAAUGACGUUUUAAGUAAUCUAGGAGAGCUAAUGUCAAAAAGCCACGAGAGCUUGAAAAACCUUUAUGAAUGUUCACAUAAAAAUUUAGAUAUAUUAGUAGAAAUAUCGAGAGAAUUGAACGUCCAUUCAAGAUUAACGGGAGCUGGAUGGGGCGGCUGCGUCGUCGCUUUAUGCCCAAGAGCGAAAGUUAAUGAAUAUAUUGAAAAACUAGUAGACGAAUUUUAUGUUAAGCAUUGCAAAAUCGACAAAACCAAAGCAAAAUCAUAUGUGUUUGCUACUAGUCCUAAUUAUGGAGCUGUAAUUUAUACUAAUAAAUAAUCUAAUCAAAAAAAUAUUAUUCUUGUCAUAACUUUUAAGUUGUUGCAGUCAACCACCGACAAAAACAUAACAAGAGUUACCUUCAUUAUAGUAUCUUAAAACUAUAUGAGUAUGGUGUAACAUGAUUUAUCAAUCUUUAAAGCAGGUUUCCAUACAUUUUUUAAAUCAAAAAAAGAUGGAAGAUACCUACUACCGACUACGCCUACUACUACUUACGACGCCUUACUAUGUAAAAUUAUGUGUUUCGUAUUUUAUAAAUUGUCCUAAUUAUUUUUUGAAUAUUUUUAUAUAAUGCCUGUAAUUAAUAUAU